UUUGGGCCCGUCUCGCAAUCUGUUGGGUUCUGCUCUAUUUCUUGGCGUUUGAAGCCACCCGUGGAGGAAGAGAGGACAAUACAGUGGAGCAUCAAGCUUGACGGAAUGGGUGCCUAUGGAGACUUAGUAGCUUCGAUCAAGGCAACGAACUUCAGACAUGUCGCAUUGCAGACAAUUAGCCUUGGAAUGAUCGUGACGUCAGCUUUGAUCAUAUGGAAAGGGUUAAUGUGCUUCACGGGGAGUGAAUCCCCUGUCGUUGUUGUUCUCUCAGGUAGCAUGGAGCCUGGUUUUAGAAGGGGAGAUAUCCUCUUCCUUCACAUGGGCAAAGCUCCAAUCCGAGCUGGAGAAAUCGUUGUAUUCCACGUCGACGGGCGGGACAUACCUAUUGUACACAGAGUGAUUAAGGUUCAUGAAAAUAUUGAAAAGGGGGAUUACGAGGUUCUUACAAAAGGAGACAAUAAUACUGGUGAUGAUCGUCUUCUUUACGCUGCAAACCAGUUAUGGCUACAACGCCAACAUAUUAUGGGACGAGCAGUUGGGUUUUUACCAUAUGUGGGAUGGGUUACCAUCAUUAUGACAGAGAAGCCCUACAUCAAGUACUUUUUGAUUGGAGUUCUAGGCUUGUUAGUAAUCACUUCAAAAGACUAGUGUUAUUUUUUCUUUGGUUUUUAGGAGACAUGAGAGCUCUACAUUGUCUGACACAGUUGUUUCCACAUUAAUAUCUGUCAAGAUCUGAAGUAACUCUCUUUUGAGCAAUGACUUUGUUGAGCCAGUGAACAUCUUGAAGAUAUCUUUGUGAGUCGUAGUUGAGGCGGGUGUAAAAUGCACGAAUUUUUCAACUCA